GGUGUCCCUGUGGUGGAUUAAGACCUGUCCAGGUGUCCCUGUGGUGGAUUAAGACCUGUCCAGAUGUCCCUGUGGUGGAUUAAGAACUGUCCAGGUGUCUCUGUGAUGGACUGAGACAUGUCCAGGUGUCCCCUGGUGGGUCCUCUGGGACAGGAAGUUUUAAAACAGACUUGAAGCUGAACUUGUCUUCUGGUCCUGUCUCCACAGGUGUGUCUAACCAGGUGUCCUAUUCACUCAUUGGCUGCUGCAGGUCACAUGAUGAGCUUCUCCCAGUCCCUCUUUGAUCGGUUCGGCGUGUCUCCCUCUGCUGGACUGGAGGACAAUGGCGUCCCGCCGCACUUGGACUCUUUGUCCAGCUCUGUCCCGUUCCUGUUCUACCCCUCCACAGUGGAUCCGGCUGCUUUUGGACUCUAUAAGACCCCUCUGAGGGGACCCGGGCCCUCUGGGAUCCUGCCCUACCUGCCCUUCCACCACGGACACUUUGGCGUGUACGAGUGUCCAUUUGAGCCGGCGUUCAUCCAGAAGAGGAACGAGCGCGAGCGUCAGCGAGUCAAGUGCGUCAACCAGGGCUACGCCAAGCUGAGGGACCACCUGCCGGGCCGCAGCGCCGACAAGAGGCUCAGCAAGGUGGAGACGCUGCGGGCCGCCAUCAGGUACAUCAAAUACCUGCAGGGGCUGGUGGAGGACGGUCACAGAGGGGAGGAGUCAUCAGAGGACACGCCUCCUGAUCCACAGAAUGGAGGCGAGACGCAGGCUUUCAUGUGUUGACCAGGGAAAACAAAACGCCACAUUCAGAGUGCUUCCUGCUUCACAUGGUGGACCAAUCAAAGAGCAUCAUCAGGUGGGAGGAGCCAGAAAGAACUUGAGUACACCAUGGUGGGAGGAGCCAGAAAGAACCUGAGAGAACCAAGGUGGGAGGAGCCAGAAAGAACCAGAGAGAAGAGGUUAUCUGCGGAAUCAAAGUGGGCGUGUCACAAGAGUGGGCGUGUCUAAAGCAUAAAGACUGUGGGCUGCGAGGCC